AUCUCGAAAUCAUGAAGCUACGAUUCCUUAUUGGUCCAGCUAAAGUGGCGCGAGAUUACAAAGUCGUAACUCUCUGACAGAAAUCUUUUCAUACCCGCGCGCUGGCACGGAUUUUUUCGAAAGCUUGAUGGCCUGUGGGUCUGUGGGCCAUCCGUUUAUACCGUCAUCUUGUAGUAUUUUAGUAUUAUUUUCCCGAAACACCAGCGAAGGUUUUCCAAUCGGUUUCAUAAGUUGAUUCUUUUAAUUAUUAAAAACUGCGGCUAAUUAUAUUUUCAUCUUUAAAUCCUACUUUAGUUACAGAUGAUCAUCUAUUACGCCAUCCCUCGGAUGGGGUGGUACUAAUCCGAUUGCUCUCUAUUUUCCACUUUAUUUCACGUUCUUUAUCUAAGGCUAUGGCUAUGGCUAUUCUCCACAGGAUAGAAAGUGACAGCAAUAUAACAUUCUCUGUUCGUUAAAAAGAAGACCGACUAUCCUGUUUGGUUACAUGAUUUUCUGAAUACAUGGAAAACAAGAAAAACCUCUGGGCGCUGGCUAUGCGUAUUAUAUUGGUCAAGUAAAUGUGUGGGAGUGUGCGCUCUCUCACCGUUUGGACGAUCUAAGUUGAAAAUGUUUAUGAUUAUCUCCCUGACGGAAUAAUACAUCUAUCUGUGUACGUACAUAUCUGUGGACGAUUGAAAAUUAAUGGACAAGGUCGAAACGAAAGCGUCGUCGGUACAGAGAGAGCCUUGAAGUUUCUCCGAUGGUGGACCCCGUAGUAGAAUUCGUCAGAGUUUUGUAGAAUACGAAUACGUUGUAUACGUUAAUUUUGUCCUGACGUCUUAUCCCUAUCUUUUUUGGAGUCUCUCUUUUAAUUUAACCCCCCUGUUCUCAUCACCUCUAAAACAUACCAGAAAUAAAUUCCACUUUGAACAUCCGUAGGAGACCUCUUCAAGGUCGUUCAUCACUGAAAUCCGGAUAACAAGUGCAAUUGAGUGUUCAUCAUCAACAUCUGUUGAUUGUAAUUUUGAUAUCAUAUGUGAAUUAAUCAAUAUCACAAAGACAUUUGGCAAAAAGCCACUUGAGCACAUAAAAAGUUAACGCUAUAAUUACUGGAAUAAGUGUGUGGGAUAUUAUAAGAUGGCGUCAGCAGUCAUUACGUCGUGGACUUGAAAGGAAGUGGGCAAAUAAGAAAAGUGCAUUUUUUUUAAUAAAAAAAAAAUUUGUACGAUUCAAUCAUCAUCAUCUACGUGGAAAAGACAGUAUUGCAUCGGAAGUAUUUUCCAUAAUUAGUGGUAGUGAUUGAAAUUUAAAUGGAAAUGUGUGAUGUGGACUUAUUGAUCAAAUGUGAGUAAAAACUGGCAUAAAUAAAUGGAAGUUGAUAAAAUUUCGUAUGCAGUUACGUCUUAGGAAUUGAAAUCUUUUGUUUUCACUGAUCGAUGCUUUUGUCGAAUGUGUCACGUUGUGUUGUCAGGACUUUUUAGUCUGGACGAGUGAUUAUUGUGAUUGCCGUGGCAAAGGAUAACCCAAGGUUCAAUUGUCGAGGGCAAUUGUUUCAAUUGAACAGUGCCAAGUGUUGGAAAUAAAAGUAAUUAACAAUGCGUGAAUUUAAAGUAGUUGUGUUGGGCUCGGGUGGGGUGGGUAAAAGUGCACUUACAGUGCAAUUUGUGUCGGGUUGUUUCAUGGAGAAAUAUGAUCCAACGAUUGAGGAUUUUUAUCGUAAGGAAAUUGAAGUGGAUAACUCACCAUGUGUCUUGGAAAUUCUUGACACUGCUGGUACUGAGCAAUUUGCCAGCAUGAGGGAUUUGUACAUCAAAAAUGGCCAAGGUUUUGUCGUUGUAUACAGUUUGACGAAUCAUCAAACAUUCCAGGAUAUAAAAGCCAUGAAGGAACUCAUCACACGGGUCAAAGGUACUGAAAGAGUACCCGUACUUCUGGUUGCUAAUAAAUUAGAUCUGGAGCAUCAGAGAGAGGUGGAGACAGCCGAGGGUAAUGCACUUGCACAACUAUGGGGGUGUCCAUUUGUGGAAGCCUCAGCCAAGAAUCGAACCAAUGUCAAUGAAGUUUUUGCCGAAAUUGUUAGGGAGAUGAAUUUCAGCCCUGAAAAGGAGAAGAAAAGCUACUGUUGUUGCAGUGUACUUUAAUACUUAAUCAAAAGCCUGGUACAUUUGAGCACAUUGAGACUGAAAAUUUACUGAGUGCUUUAAACUGCAUGUGGCACACUAAAGUACCAUACAAUUCCAUAACGCAGGAGUGAAAUCAUUUGAUAAGCUAAAUAAACUUUGUGUCAAUAUUUCCAGGUAGAGUUGCAGUUCUACCACUUUGCAAAUAAAAUUAUAGGAAAAAUCUUUUCUAUAAAACAAAAUUAAUGAAUACAUUAAAUCCUUUUUCUUUCUGUA